GUUAAGCCUGUUGAUGGUCGCCUCGAAGACAUGACGUUCAAUCUGCAAGUGAAAAACAGCUGGAUUGUCGCGCUGUGCCAAUUGUUGGCGGUCGCGUCGUUUCUAGCGUGGGCAGUAUUUCAAAAUAAAUUCGAUUUGAGAGAAUUAUUGAAAAUUCAAUCACAUUGCAGAUGGCACUUCAAGGUACCCUUAUAUGGUAUCAUUGCAAGAUGUGUUCACUGGAUAUGGAAUCAACAGGAAUCUCACUCAAAUGCGGAUUUAUCAGCAUUUCUGCGGUGGAAGUUUGAUAAGUGAACGCUGGAUACUGACUGCUGCCCACUGUAUCUGGAGAAAAAAACUUGACAAGAUUGUGGCUUUUAUCGGAUACGAAAAUAUUGAAAAUGUUGAAAAAUUAAGAGGAUAUUGUGUGGAAAGCGCUGAAUACAUUUACUUUCAACCUUCCAACUACCGCAAUGAUAUCGCACUUCUCCAUCUGAAGCGCCCAUUUAAAAGCCAAUUGGGAGUGGACAUGCAAUUUGCUCAACUGCCUCCGUACGGCAUGAAACCCAACAGCAAGGAAUCGUGUAGAAUAAUUGGUUACGGCGCCACCAGGCAUGCUGGCCCAUCCCAGAAGCAGCUCUUUGAGGCGGAGGUGAGCGUCAUUGGCAACCAGCAGUGCCGCGAUAUUAUUGGACACAUUUGGGCACCUAAGAACGGUGCAAAUACGGUCUGUGCAUUGGGCCACAAUCAGGACUCGUGCCAGGGCGAUUCUGGUGGUCCGCUUAUUUGUCAAUAUGGAACCGGAGGACGCGAAUACAUUUACGGACUGGUGUCGCAUGGGCUGACCUGCGGCAUUCAGGGAAUGCCCAGCAUCUACACGGUGACACGACCCUAUUACGACUGGGUCCAGCUACUUGUGCAGAACUACUAACGGCUAUAUAUAUAUAAUUUAUUAAUUAUACUAUAUCAAACAGAAAACAUUUACGAAUAUAUAUGCUACGACAAUGCAAGGAAUAGUAAAAA